AUGCCGACCUGCUCCAAUUGUCUCAAGAGCGGCAUCGACUGUGUAUAUACAGAACCGCCGCCGCGCCGCCGAAAGCGACGCUUGAGCGGUGAUAUCUCUGCAAAGCUGGCUGAGUAUGAGCGUAUACUGAAGCACAAUGGCUUAUUCCCGCUAGCGGAGACGAGAGACUCGACUCCUCUAGACACUCAAAACAAGCCAGUCGCUUUGCGCUCGACUCAAGGCGCGACGUCACAAGCAGGGAGGCUGGUGACGAGCACAGGGAGCACUCGAUAUGUGAACAGUAAUCUGUGGGACAAUAUUGACGAUGAUGAGAUGCAACAAGCGUCUGAGGAAGACGACCAAGAAGCAGUAAUGAGCGGCAUGGAAGACAGUGUUGCUGCCGAAGAUCCGUUUUCACUUGCACUCAUGGCUGACCACCGUACUCUGCUGCGAUAUCACCCCGACCAUAGCCAGGCCGUUGCCACGUGGCGCACGUAUCUCGAGAAUGUGGAGCCGCUCUGCAAAGUGUUGCAUACACCGACUGUUGGGAAGCUCAUCGAGAGGGGUGCGCUCGACCCCUCAACAGUGACCAAAACCGAGGAGUGCUUGCUGUUUGCGAUCUACCACUUUGCGGUAUUGUCCAUGACAGAGGCUGAUUGUCUCAAGCAAUGCCAACAGCCGCGUGCGGUAUUACUGAAGAGGUAUCACUUCUGCGCACGACAAGCUCUUGUGAAUGCCAAAUUCCUGAAGACCACAGACAUGAAUAUCAUGCAGGCAUAUGUUCUCUUUCUUCUCUCCUGCAGAACUCACUAUGAUCCGUCGACAUACUGGAUCCUCACAGGGGUGGCGGCGCGCAUAUCUCAACGUAUGGGGCUCCAUAGGGAUGGCGAAGCGGCUGGCUUGCCGCCAUUCGAAGUCCAGAUGAGACGUAGGCUAUUCUACCAAGUGGUGCCUCUGGACGGCAUGUCAAGUCGGGAAUCGGGCGUGAGCGACGCAUCAACACCAGAUCAUUUCGAUACGCUGCCGCCUCUCAACGUCAAUGACGAUCAGAUCUGGCCCGGAAUGACAACAAAACCAGUGUCCCAAAAAGGCGCCACAGAAAUGGUAUUCUGCCUCUCACGUUCCUAUAUUGGAAGGGCUUUCGCUGCCAGCAAGCAACUGAAAGAUGAUGAUGAGGCGCAGAAAAUGAUCUCUCGUACUGAGGACGAAGUGGAAGAUCUGUAUCUGCGCUAUUGCGAGUUCGCUAAUCCUCUUCACCUGCUCACCAACUUGGCAACUAGGUCGGCGUUGAAUGCCAUGCGAUUACGAGUGCGACUACCACGACUAAAUGAAAGACCAGACACCGAUGAUAGCCGGAGGGAGAGACUGCGACUAUCGUGCAAGAUCCUCGACACUGACGCGGCAGCUCAUACUCACUCAACGUUGCGAAAGUACAUGUGGUACAUUGGACCUCUAUUCGCUUGGGGCACCUGGGACGCCUUGAUAUCGAUUGUGACUGCUCUCCAGAGACCCGACUCGCUCUCUCGCACCGAGACUGAUGACAUGUGGGAGAAGGUCGAACAGCUCUAUUCUAACCACAUGGAUCUAAUGAUCAAGUCUAAAAGCGCUUUACAAGUUGCCAUUGGGCGCCUGGCCCUCAAAGCAUGGGACGCGAAUCCUCCAUCGAAGCAAACACCGCAGCCCGAAUUCAUCGUUGCAUUGCGCGCAUCACGAAGAUUUCAGUAUCUGGCCAAACGCGCCAUGGCUGGACCAGUCGAAGGGGCGACGUUUGACGAGGUUUCAUUGAAGCAACAGCCUUCUGUGCUGUUCGAUGCCAACGCAACAAAGCCCGGCGACUCUCCAGAUCUCGACUUUGAUUUUGACUACGGAAAUCUCCUUGACGAUAGUGCACCGGACUGGGUGUUCUGGGAUAACCUGAUCAAAGAUUUCCAGUCACAAGGAGCACAGAACUAG